UUUUCUUGAUGCACUAUUUUGUUUGUCUCAUAGAAAAUGCAUACACCCAGUUUUUAUUUUGAUAAACACCCUUAUGUCAAAAAAAAUAAAUAAAUAAAUAACAAUUGACAAUUGUAAUAACGCCCCUUGUGUAUCAUUGUGUGUCAUUAAAUUAAUAAUAAUUGUAAAUGUUUUAUAAUUAGAUAAAUUAAAUAAAUAAAUAAUCAUCAAAAUGCAUGACGCUUACGAAUCAAAUGCAAUUUUAAAAUUAGCUGUUCAAAUUGAAUCUAUGGCUGCAUAUGAUGACAAUUUGUUAAUAGCAACAAGAGAAGGUCAUUUAUUAAUUUACAAUGUUCCAUUAAAAUUUAAUGAGUAUGGAAAACUUGAAUUACUUCGUUACAAUAAAAAUAUAAGUAAAAAAAGAAUUGUACAAAUUGAUGUUGUUCCAGAAUAUGAUUUAUUAAUUUUAUUGACAGAUGAUAUUAUUUGUAUUCAUGAUUUAACAACACCAAAUGUCAAACAAAUAAGUCAAUUACCAAAAACAAAAGGUGCAACAUUAUUUGCACUUGAUAAACAAUAUGCUGAAAGUUUAACUGACGGUAAAAAUACAUGUGUUAGAUUAUGUGUUGUUGUUAAAAGAAAAUUACAAUUAUAUUAUUGGAAAAUACGUGAAAAUCAAUUUAAUGAACUUGCAUAUGGUGGUAAAAAUGAAUUAUCAUUAACAGAUGUACCAAAAGAAAUUGAAUGGUGUGGUGAUACACUUGUUGUUGGUUUUCAUGGUUUAUCAUAUACAUUAAUUAGUUUUGAUGGUAAAAUUAAAGAAUUAUUUCCAACUGGUAAACCACCAAAACCGAGUAUAACAAAAUUAUCAGAUAAUUCAUUUGCACUGGGUAAAGAUUCACAAUCAAUAAUAAUGAAUACAAUGGGUGAAUUAAUACAACAUAAUCCAAUUAAAUGGAGUGAUUCACCAAGUGCAACAGCAUGGGAUGAUCCUUAUUUACUUGGUAUUGUUCAUGAUACAUUAGAAGUAUAUACACUUGAUGGUUCACUUCAUAUUCAAACAUUAAAUGAAUUAAAUAAAGCUAGAUUAUUGUGUAGAUGUAAACAGGGUAGAGUUUAUGUUGCAUCAAUGAGUCAAGUAUGGUGUGUUAGUUCAGUUGAUGUUGAACAACAAAUUAGAAAAUUAUUAGAUCAAAAUCAAUUUCAACUUGCUCUUAAAUUAACAAGUCUAUCUGAUGCAACUGAUGAUGAUAAAGAAAAACGUACAUAUAAAAUUCAAACUCUUUAUGCACAUUAUUUAUUUUGUAAUAAAAAAUUUCAAGAAGCUAUGAAACAAUUUCAUGAACUUGGAACAGAUCCAUAUGAAGUUAUACGUUUAUUUCCUCAGCUUGUAUCUGAAUCUGGUAAUGUAAAUGACAUUAAUGAGCCAGUAAGUGUAAUGCCAAAAUUACAUGACAGAGAUUUAGAAAAUGGAUUAUUAGCAUUAAUUGGAUUUUUAACUGAAGUACGACAUAACUUAAUGGGUGGUACUGAUUUAAAAAAUAAAGAUUCUAAAAAUGAUAAAAAAGACAGAGAAAAAAAAGCCAUGACUCAAGUUGCAACAGAACAAUUACUAAAAAUUAUUGACACGACAUUGUUAAAAUGUUAUUUACAAACGAAUGAUGCGUUAGUUGCUCCAUUAUUAAGAUUAAAUCAUUGUCAUCUUGCUGAAGCUGAAAAAACAUUAUUGGCACAUCAAAAAUAUCCAGAAUUAAUAAUUCUUUAUCAAACAAAAGGUCAGCAUAAAAAAGCACUUGAAUUAUUAGAAAAACAAUCAAAACAAAGUGACUCAAGUCUUCGUGGUACUGAAAGAACAAUUCAAUAUCUUCAACAUCUUGGACGUGAACAUAUUGAUUUAAUUCUUAAAUUUUCUUGUUGGGUUUUGGACAAGGAUCCUGAUAAUGGUCUUCGUAUAUUUAUGGAAGAUAUUUUGGAAGUUGAACAAUUACCAAGACCAAAAGUGCUGGAUUAUUUAUUACGUCAACAUAAAAAUCUUGUAAUAACAUACUUGGAGUAUGUUGUACGUGUUUGGGAAGAUGAAAAUCCAUUAUUUCAUAAUAUACUUGUUCAUCAAUACAAAGAAAAAUGUUUAGCAUCAAUGAGCCCAACAGCAACACCAGCUGAAAAACAAAAUGGUGAACAUGUACGUCAAAAAUUACAAGUAUUUUUGGAAAAAUCAAUUCAUUAUACACCAGAAACAGUACUUGUACAAUUUCCAUCUGAUUGUUUAUUUGAAGAACGUGCAAUUAUUUUAGGAAGACUUGGUAGGCAUCAACAGGCAAUUUCAAUAUAUGUUAAUUUGUUGAAUGAUGUACCCAAGGCUAUUACAUAUUGUAAAAAUGUUUAUUCAACAUUUGAAAAUCAAAAAAAUACUGAAGAUGAACAAUCAACACAGGAUGGUGCUGAUGAAGUUUAUGUAACUCUAAUUCAACAGUUAUUAAAACCGGAAGCAAUUUUCAUGACUGGACAUCCAGAGAUACAAAAAACUGCUCAAUCUGAUCUUGAAACAGCUCUUGAACUUCUUGAACAAUAUGCAUCAAAAAUAUCACCAAUAAAAGCACUUGAUGUUUUACCUGCCAAUGUACCAAUUGGAAGAAUACGUCAUUUUUUAGAAGCAAGUUUGCAAAAUCAGUUGAAUGAAAGACGAAGAACACAAGUACUAAAAGGACUUUUACAUGCUGAACAUUUACAAGUUCAAGAACAAAGAAUGCAUUAUGAAUCACAAAGUGUUCUUAUGACUGAAUUUAAUAUUUGUCCAGUUUGUAAAAAAAGAUUUGGCAAUCAAAGUGCAUUUGCGAGAUAUCCAAAUGGUGAAAUUGUUCAUUACUCAUGUCAAGAUCGAAAAGCGUAAAAAAAAGAUUACAUUUAAAUAAAUAAAUAAUAUAAAAAAGUGAUAAAAUAUUAAAAAAUGACGAAAAUACAUUUUGUAAAAAUUGCAAAAUAGUUAAUUAGAAAUUUUUACAUAAAAUAAUAAUGAUUAAUAAUUGAAAGAAAUAUAUAGAUAAAUAUUUCCGAAUUUAUUAAAAGAUAUUUAUUAAACUAAAAAUAGACAAUGUUAUUUUUUUUCUUAUUUUAAAUUAAUAAAUGUGUAUUUAAUGACAAAAAAAAAAGUGAUUUUAUUAUCAAUCUUUUAUUAAUUUUGCUAUUAAUUUUAGUUAGUUUUUGUGAAUACUGAAUAGAAAUAUUUGUUGUUAUUAAUUAACGAAAAAAUUGGUGAAGGAUGGGGCGUGACCAGGUCCAGAGUAAUGUGUGUAAACUGGGCUGAUGAUGUCAUGAGGAUAACAUGUAUUACUACGCCACUAUCGUAAUAAUAUUAUGUACAUACUGUACGUAGAAAUAAUAAAUUUCAAAAAAAAAACAAAGAAAUAUAUACAAUAAUA